CGCCUCUGACGGCCUGGCCACUGAGAUCAUUGUACGGGGCCCCAAGUCUGCAGAGAAGAUGCUGAAGGAGAGGCCGAGCACUCAGGAGGAGUUGCGCCCCCUUCUGGUGAAGGUUUCCCGCUCAUUAGAAGAAGAGUUGGAGAAGAUGACGUUGUCGGUGAAGUCGGACGCUCAGAUAAAAGAGGCGGCGGGGGUGACAGCGCUGGGGACGCGGUGCAAACGCUCCGGCUGUAAAGAGGUCUAUCAAGGAGCGGAGAGCGAUCAGGGGGUGUGCGUCCAUCACCCGGGGGUUCCCGUCUUCCAUGAAGGAAUGAAGUAUUGGUCCUGCUGCUGCUUUAAAACGAGCGACUUCAAUGAAUUCCUGGAUCAGAAGGGAUGUACCAAUGGGAGACACCUGUGGGUGCAACCUCCGGGGAGACAGGAAGUUGCAUGUCGCUAUGACUGGCAUCAGACCGGCAGCCUCGUCGUCAUCACCGUUUAUGCCAAAACUUCCAUACCGGAUCUCACCAGGAUUCACGCCAAUCGCACGCAGCUGGACAUUCAGAUCACCUUUCAGAAGACCAAAGAAUUCCGGAAGAAGGUGGAGCUGUGGGGUGUCAUUGAUGUGGAGAAAAGUUUUGUGAAUUUAUUUCCCACAAAGGUGGAAAUCACCCUGAAGAAGUCGGACCCGGUGACAUGGGCCAGACUGGAGCUGACGGUCUCCGCCCCCCAGGUUACGGAGGAACCCGAACCGGAACCGGCGCCCCAGGAAAGCGGCGGCGGGGAGGAUUCUGAUGACGACCUGAGCUGGUCAGAGGACGAGGAACCCGAGUGACCCGAGGAAUGGAAUUCAUUUACAUCGCGACUUUUAUUUUUUUAUUUGAUGUUUUCUUCUUUCUGUAACUUUUUCUUGAUGCGUAUUAGAUAUCAAUGUUACAUUAUGUGGUCAAAAGUCUGUGACCCCCCCCCCCCAUCACACCUCUCUGAGUUCACUGGAUAUCCCAUUCCAAAAACCAUAGCCAGUACUAUAGAAUUGACCCCCCCCCCCAUUGCCA